AAGAAAAGAAAAGGAAAAAGUGGUUCGAUUUUGAUUUCGCUGAAGGGAAAACCGAAGAAACUCGUGGAGGAAAACAUGCUUCAAAUCAGACUCAGCAAAGGACCCUCCUCUGAUGCCGGCGGUUCCGUCAAGCCAUUGCCCGUGGACACGGUGACGGUGGCCUGCCCCGACCAUCUCGUCCUCGCCGACCUUCCGGUUGCCAAGAGCAUUGGCGCCGCUACCUCCUUAUCCCUCGUGAAGACCGUCGGUCGUAGAUCCCGCCGCCAGCUUGGCGAGCGAGUACAUUUCUGCGUUCGCUGCGAAUUUCCUAUUGCGAUAUACGGCCGUUUGAGUCCCUGUGAGCAUGCCUUCUGCCUUGAUUGUGCAAGGAGCGAUUCAAUUUGCUAUCUUUGUGAUGAACGUAUACAGAAGAUUCAGACAAUCAAGAUAAUGGAGGGGAUCUUCAUAUGUGCAGCUCCUCAUUGUCUUAAAUCGUUCUUGAAGAGGACUGACUUUGAAUCUCAUAUCCAUACAAGCCACACUGACCUUUUACAGCCUAAUGCUGAGAAGGAAGAUGGAAAAGAAUCAGAGGUUCAGAGUGAUAACCAACCUACUGGUUCAGAUUCCACCGUCCGAGGUCCUCCAAGGCCUGUCAUUUCUCCUGGUUCAAACCUGCAGCUCCAUGAUACUGAAGACAAAGCUCGUUGGCAGCAGCUGAGGGAACAAUUGCCUCCGAGGCCGAUGAUGCCGAAGGGGUCACCAGCAUUUGGUCAAGUGCAAAAUUAUCCAUUAGAGCCCCAACUGGACAGUAACCAGCCCCCUGGUUUUGACAGGACUGGCCCUCACCACCACUUUCAGCAAGGGUUUGACAGGCAGGGCACCCCACAACCAGAAUCAAGUCAGUUUUCAGACAAGUCUCAGGGACAUUUAUCUGAGAACCAGUUUUCAGAAUACCCACCUAUGCAUUUCAUGCAACAACCACCUAAUUUUGCUAUGCCAAUGAAUUCAAACCCCAUGUUAACUCCAUACGGUGUUCCUCCAUUUCCAGCUGAUGGGACUCAACCAUUUUAUGGUGCUCCCUAUGAGAUGGGUAGGCUGAGUUCAGCACCAGGUGCUGGUUCUGAGCAAGGGUCGUUUAUGAAUUUCCCACCAGGUCCAAUUGUGGGUGUAAAUUACCCUGCAGCUUAUCCUCAGCCCUGGAAUGGAGGGCAAACUGGUGUCCGAUUUGAAGCUACUCCUGGUAGUCACAUGACGCCAGACGGUUUUACAAAUUAUCAAGGUGAUUAUGGUCGAAGUCCUGGAGGUUUACCAAUGAUUCCUCCCCAACAAUCAGCCAACAAAGGAUUGGAAGCUGUGCAGGGAAGUAAUGCAGUAGACCCUCGGUACAGUGUAGGUAUAUUGGCACCGCAACCCAUGCAGGUUCAGCCACCACCUCCACCACAUCUACUUCAUAUGUCACAACAUAAACGAGGCAAGUUCCACCUCGGUUAUAUGGGUCGAGAUGGCCAAGGGUUUGGUUGGCAGCAAGAGAACCGUGACGGCUUUGCAGGAGUCCAGGACUAGAAAAUUGCUUGAAUUUUUGUUCACAUGUGAUGUUUUCAGGUUUCCGAUCUUUGAUUAAUCAUUGUAAAGGGCUGACGAUUUUCUCAAAUUCUAAAGUGCAGUCUCCACCCUUUUAUAUUAGGAUAUCAUCUUCUGGAA